AUAGGUAAAAAGAAGAAAAACAGUUGUCACGUUUUGCUUUUGGUGUUUACGUUUCGUUUGUAUCUCGUUAUCACACAUUAUAUUCUCUAUAUUUUACCGAUAUGAACGUUUUUUUAAUAUAAAUACAAGAUGAAGGUAACAAAACAUAAAAAAGCUCGCAAGUAUAUGAGUUUCUAUAUGAACAACUUUGGAUUUCGAGAGCCGCUGCUUGUCCUGAUCGAUGGUACAUUUUGUCAUGCUGCUUAUAAGGCACGACUUCAAAUCGAGGAACAGCUCAAAAGAUACUUUCAAUGCGAGCUGAAACUAAUAGUGACGGCUUGUAUAAUCACAGAGACUGAAAACAUCGGUGGUCCACUAGUAGCGGUGUGUCAGCUGCUAAAGAAAUUUCUCGUGCAUAAAUGUGGUCACGAGAAGCAUCCUAUUCCAGGAUCGGCCUGUAUUCGGGCUCUCACUAAGACUUGCAAUUAUAUAGUGGCCACACAGGAUCGCGAUCUGCAGGACAAGAUUCGUUCCCAGGCCGGGAUACCGCUUUUCUAUCUCCACAAUAAUCUAGUUCCCACUUUGGUGCAACCGUCGGAAGCUAGCGUUAAGGCAGCUGCCUCUAAAACACAAGCCAAGGUGCAGGUCCGUGAAGUGGACGAAAAGACUUUGAGCAACCUCAAGAAGAAGCAAGGACUUUUGGUGGAUACGGACCAGAAACCAAAACGUAGGAAGAAAAUGAAAAAUCCAAAUCCCUUGUCUUGUAAAAAAUCAAAGAAACAGAAAUCGCAAAAUAGGAACCCACCGUUCAGUGACGGUGUGAAAGAUAAAGUCAUCGAGAAGAAAAAACGGAAACGUGUAAAACUUCCGAAACAUGUUAUAGAACAUUUGAAGUCGAAUAAAACGAGUGAAUUAAUCUCUUGAGAACAUGUGAAUUAA